AUGAAGAUUGUUUCAAUGUUUCUGGCGCUGGCCAGCCUCACUCAAGCAGCACCAAGCCACCAAAACCAAUACCAAAAUGACCUCUCUAACCGACAGGCCGGAUCCUGGCCCUUUGGCCCUUUUGUCACCUCCGCCGGGAAGAUUCGCGACACAACCGGCAAAAACAUCGUGUACGCCGGCACAAACUGGCCCGGCCAUGGCGAGGUCAUGAUCCCGGAGGGUCUGCAAUAUCAGUCCAUCGAAUACAUCGUCACCAAAAUCAAGAGCAUCGGCAUGAACGCCAUCCGUCUCACUUUCGCAAUCGAAAUGAUCGACCAAAUCUAUGCCAACAACGGACAAGACAUUACCAUCCAGCGCGCCUUCACCCAAGCACUCGGCCAAGCCAACGGCACCAGAAUCCUCAACCAAGUCCUCGCAAAGAACCCACAGUUCACCGCCUCGACAACCAGACUCCAAGUCUUCGACGCCGUUGCCGCCGAGCUAGCCAGGCAACAGAUUUAUGUCCAUCUUGACAACCACAUCUCAAAAGGAAUGUGGUGCUGCUCCGGCACCGACGGCAACACCUGGUGGGGAGACACGUACUUUAACACCGCCAACUGGGUCAGAGGACUGUCUUACAUGGCUAACCACGGCCGAAACUGGGCCGGCCUAGUCUCCAUCGGCCUCCGCAACGAGCCCCGCGAACCAACAAACAACAACGCCCUCCGCUCCUCCUCCUACAACUGGCAAUCCCUCUACAACUUCCACAAACAGGGUGCCUCCGCCAUCAGCAAAGCCAAUCCUGCCUUGCUAAUCUUCCUCUCCGGCAUCAACUACGACACCACCGUCGCGCCUUUUUUCGAUGGUUCGACCCUCUCCCCGGGGAACACCCGUUUCUCUCUGUCAGACUUCCCCGGAUAUGCGAACAAACUCGUGCUGGAAGUCCACAACUACGAAACGGGGAUAAAUAGCUGUUCCUCUCUGCAAUACAACCUCUUUAACAAGGGUUUCAAAGCCAUGACGUCUGAAGCAAAGAUCCAGUUCCCGGUUUUGUUGACUGAGUUUGGGUUUGCGAUGGAUGCGAAUACCUGGCGGGGUACGUACGCGACUUGUUUGGCUAGUUAUCUGCCGAGCCAGAAGGCGGGGUGGACGAUCUGGGUGUUGGCGGGGAGUUAUUAUGUGCGAGAGGGGAUACAGGAUUAUGAUGAGGGGUGGGGGUUGUUGACGCGGGAUUGGAGGGAGUGGAGGAGCCAGGGGUAUGUGGAUGGGUUGUUUAGGGGGAUGGUGAGGAAUUCUCUUGCGGGGUAGGGGGUGUGUCUUCGGGGGGUGGGUGGAGGUCGUUGUGGGUUGAAAUGAUGGUUUUGGUGGACUGGAGGAUGCCAAAGAUGAGGCCUAGGGUGAGGACUACAACAGCCAUCCAGAAUGUGUACCAUUCAUUGUACUGGUUUGCGGCGGAUCCACCACCAUUGGGAGAGGGUCCUUGGUUCGGCUUCGUCGAAGACUUCUUUGAGAACGAUGAGGCGGUCUCGCCAGUACGAGAAGUUCUUUACAUAUGUGCCGGAGUUCGGGGUGAAGGGUACCGCAGGUGGCAAUUCUGGUGUCUCUCUGAUCUCGUUCGUUUCACUUUGCCCGGUAGGUGCAAGGCAAAGUCGUAACGUCCUUGGGAGGAGUUUAUGGGUAGGAAAGGCCAAAGAUGGUGAACGGGCCGCUGCACGGAUUCACAUAACCAAAAAUAUCGAAUCAAAGUGCCGAACCAAUGUCUUCAACCACUUUCGCUGGGGGGUGGUAGGGCGGAUUCUGUAUGCCCAACGAAUACACGCAGUUUCCAAAAGCCAGCAGUAAUGACCCCCUACCCAGCCUGUAGAUUCGAGACCACUUAUUUUUUCUCGUUUUCACCACUAGCUGCCUGGCUGUUCCAUUGUUCGCCAUGCCGUAACCGUGUCUGGCCGAGUACACUAACGCCAAACGAGACUUAUACCUUACAGUAAGGAGCAUGAUGCUGCUACUUUCUUAAUUUUGCAAAUUGCUUUCGGUGUCACCACGCAUCGCCACCGAGCCGGAACCCAAUCCUUGCCUUGGAGAGGGAUACACACACGCAAGAGUUGGAAUAAAUCGCUGCUGGCAAGCGAUCGGCCAAGCGAGGGACCUGUUAGAGGCAUUGUCAGCCAGGCUAUCUGUUGUUUUAGAUGACUGGGAGUUCCCGGACGAUGUCUUCCUGGCUUGGUCCAGUUUUAUGCUAGGCCCGUCUCCGGAGAAUGCGAUGCCAACCAUCAUUGUCUGCCGUGCUUUCCAGGCAGCCAGGGAGUCAUUAUGCGAAGCCAUUCAUGCCAGUGGCGUGCUUCCACAUCAUAUCCUCCGCGACCACCGACCUGUGGCCCCUGAUUUCAACCGUGUUGACCCAGUUCAAUAAAUGAUCGCGACAAGUAUGAUAGAUCCCACCUUGCCGAUUGUAUAUUGUAGCUAACCUAGUCCACAUGGCAGAUGAUCCUUUUCUGAGUCACGCAUGGGAGGCCAUUUGCAUUGACAUGGUACCCAUUCGACAGUGGAGUUCGUAAGAGGUUAUUGUGUGUUGUCUUAUUAAGUCCAAGCCUCGCGUUCUCUCUUCUAGCCGCCUUUGAGGUGUUGUUAGAUGGGGAGCCGCCUUGCAAACGAGUUAAGGUACCUAUCAAUCACUGAGAUACCUUCAGAUAGGUACCUAGACAAUGGAGUGCUCAGAAUACAGAUCUCUCAUUGUAACUCCAAAUAAGAAUACCUAGCCGAACAAUGCAUCAAUGCGACUUCCUUUAUGUUUUUGGAACAUUGCUACCGAC